AUGCCAGCAGACAUAAUACAGUCAGAGUCGACUGGCUUACAGGUCAAGCUUUACCAUGCAACACGUAUAGCCCUUUCGCUUCUUGAUGGAGACUUGACGAUAUCAAGAGCUAAACGGGCUUUCGAAAAGGCUUUUGGCUUUGGGGAAUGGGACGAGCUCACUACUAUAGAGUUCCUAGACUCAGAUGGAGACUAUGUUGAACUCCCAGAUGAUCCCAAGCUUCUUAUGGAGAUCGAAAAGCGUGCAAGGGCUGGAAGGAAUCGUUUGUCUCUUAGAACCACAAUACUUGAUAUUAUGAAAUCAGAAUCCAUCGAUUGUGUUAGUUCGAUCGCUUCAGCUUCAGUCAAGUUGAUGGAUAUGACCACAAAGCUAUCACGAUUGCAACUAAAACUCAACGUGCGAAACAUUCUCGUUGUCACAAAACCAUUUGAUCCUGCCCUCGUGCCGUUAACUCGAGACCUGGCCGUAUGGCUAGUCGAAACGUAUCCUGUUGAAGUCUAUGUUCAAGAACCACUACGAACAGCUGAAGGAUUCGAUUACGAUGAAAUAUGUAGCCAGUCGGAUAAAGUGAAGAGUCGCCUGAAGUUCUGGGGUCGAGAAUUUAUCAGAAAUCGAGCCGAUGAUGUCAAUCUGGCAAUCACUCUUGGAGGUGACGGCACAGUAUUAUAUUCUAGUUGGCUUUUCCAAAAGCAAUCGCCACCUGUCAUGCCAUUCUACCUUGGGAGUCUCGGGUUUCUCACCGUAUUUGAUUUUGGAACACACCGAGAAGCUCUAUCUAGAGUAUUAGAAGGUCAAGGACAAAGAGUCAAUCUUCGAAUGAGGUUACAGUGUGCUGUAUAUAGUAAACCACGAUCGCCCACACCGAAACCCGAAAACCGUCAACUUCAUCCUAUACCUCGAGGUGCAUUGCCCAAACAUAACACAUUCACUCGAGAUGCAGUCAUUCGAGCAGAUCCAGAGGAAUGUGAAGAAUGUGAUAUUGGACCAGUUGGGCCUCCAAGCUCUGUUCAUCAAGUAAUGAACGAGAUGGUUGUCGAUAGAGGUGCUUCACCAAGCAUGUUGCAAUUGGAAUUAUAUGCAGAUGAUUUACAUUUAACUACGAUAUUGGCUGAUGGACUGUUGAGUGCUGGUGGAUCAUUAGUACAUCCUGAAAAGGCAUCCAUACUAGUCACCCCCAUAUGCCCUCAUACUUUGACUUGUCGUCCAAUGAUACUGCCAGGACAGACAGAAUUACGAGUUUGUGUUACUCUCGGCUCUCGCUCAGUCGCGUGGGCAUCUUUUGAUGGCCGAUACCGUCGAGAGCUUCUACCAGGCGAUUCCAUAUGUAUAACUGCCUCUCGAUAUCCAUUUGUCUCUCUGUGUAACGAAGAUCAAUCCUCUGAUUGGUUUAGAAGCUUGAUCUCAACUCUGCAUUGGAAUGAACGACCGAGGCAAAAGCCUCUUGAUCGUACAGCAAUGAUGUGA